AAGAAAUUAAAUAUGUCGGAGGUGGAAGAGGAGCAGACGCCGCUGCCCAUCUAUCACAGAAAUGAUCAUAAAGGUCAUUUACCAAUAGACAAGGAUUCCGUGGUAAUUAAAGUCAGAGACAAUCUGAAGAAGCUGGAAUGGUCAGUUCCGGUCUACGAGUCCCAAUCAUACCUAUCAAUGCCCCUUAAACGAACUUCGAUUUACAAAAUACCAAAAUUCAUGAAAGAUAUCGAACCGAAAGAGUACGAGCCACACAUGGUUUCGUUUGGGCCGUACCAUCAUGGGAACAAACAUUUGCAUCAAAUGGAACAGAAAAAACAGAAAGUGUUUCAGCAUGUCGCGAAGGAUAAUGCUGCCACUUUCGAGUUGAUUUUGAGUGAAGUGUCGAAAAUUUUGGAAGAUCUAUAUGAAGCAUAUGAUGAUCUUGAUCAUGAGAAAUGGAGGAAGGAUGAUGAUGCCCAAGCUAAGUUCAUGCAGAUGAUGAUCAUAGAUGCGUGUUUCCUGCUGGUUUUCUUCUCGGAAGAUGAACGGUACAAGUCACAAAUUACUUCGAAAUCAGAGAUAAAGAGAGACAUUUUGCUGCUUGAGAAUCAGCUUCCUUUCAAGCUUCUUCAACUGUUGUAUAGCAUAUCAUCAAUUAAGGUUCAAGAAAAAAAUUUGACCUCACUAAUUAAAAACAACUUAUUUAUCAAAUCAGAAGAGGAGUUAUGGGAAAUAGAACAUAAGCACAUUUUAGGGAUGUAUAGAAUGUCGUUACUUUAUUCAAGGAUAGAUACGUCGGUAAAGUGGACGAUGGAUACGUUGAUAAGGAGGAUGAAGGAAGGGUAUUAUAAGUCCCUAUCAGGGUGGGAUCACAUAAUUCCACAAGCAACAGAGCUUUAUAAGAUGGGGAUAAAAUUCAAGAGAACCACAAAACGCCUUCUCAGUUUGUAUUUUGACCUAAAACAAGGGGUGUUGGAAUUGCCAUAUUUGGAGGUGUCCAAUGAUAUUGGUACACAUUUAUUAAAUGUGAUGGCAUUUGAGAAACUGUAUUCAGAUGAUACAAGACAUGUCAUGUCUUAUGUGAGGUUUAUGAAAAAUCUAAUUGCAGAUGACAAAGAUGUGUUGCGGCUGAUCUCCUGUGGAAUAUUAUCUCAAAAUGCAAUUAGUCCCAGUGAUGUGGUAAAGUUUUUCAAUCGGCUGGCCCAAGCCACAAAUAAAUAUCAGUUCAAUAGCUAUUUUAUUGAAGUGUGCCAGGGUUUGAAUUAUUAUUAUUAUUAUUAUUCUGACAAACCCUGGACUAGGUGGUGGGUAAAUCUCAGAGACCCACGAACUCAAAAACCAUGUGGGUUAUUAUCUCCAUUGCUGCUGCUUCUUUUACUUUUCUCCUCCAAAUUACCCAAACCACCAUCCAAGUAUAUGAACAUUUCCGCUCAAAUCAUUGAGAUAUCUACAUUUCUUCGUCAUCCUAUAAUCCCAUCAUCACCGCGUACCCUAUAUUACAUAUAAUCAAGCUUUUAUUUUAUUAGUUUUAAUUUCCUUCCCCCAUAUAUAUUGUAAUUCUCUACUACUCCCAAUAAUCCCAAUCCCCUUU